AUGUCUAAGACCAAGGUCACCGACAAGGCGUCCAAGAAGGGCAGCAAGGCUGAGCUCUCGAGCGUCAAGGCCGGUCGCGUCACCAAGCCUGCGCAGACACCCAAGUCCAAGAGCAAGGACAUUGCCAAGUCAGUUGCCUCCGGUGUCAAGGACAAGAAGAAGACGAAGAAAGCUCCUACCCCCGAGCCUGAGUCUGAUUCCGACUCUAGCGAGAGCGAAAGCGAAAGCGAGGAUGCCGACUCUUCGUCCGACUCUUCUUCAGACUCCAGCGAUGAGGAAGUUGUCGAGAAGAAGGCUCCUGCUAAGGCUGCCGCUAAGGCUGCCGUAAAGGUCGCUGCCAAGGCCGACUCUGAUUCUGACUCGUCUGACAGCAGCGAGGAGGACAGCGACAGCGACAGCAGCGAGGAGGAGAAGCCUGCCGUCAAGGCGAAAGCCAAUGGCGCUGCUAAGGCUGCUAAAGCUGAGUCGAGUGACUCGGACAGCGAUUCCGACAGCAGCGCGUCUGAGGCUGAGAAGCCUGCCGCUAAGGCUAAGGAUUCUGAUGACUCUGACUCCGACUCCGAUUCCAAUGCAGACUCCGACUCUUCUGACAGCGAUGAGGAAGAGGCUCCUUCCAAGAAGCGCAAGGCUGAGGAAGCUGCUGAGCCCGCCAUCAAGAAGACCAAGACUGUUGAGGAGCCUGCAGGUGCCGAGGGUAUCAAGAACCUUUUCGUUGGCAACUUGAGCUGGAACAUCGAUGAGGACUGGCUCCGUCGCGAGUUUGAGGGCUUCGGUGAAAUUGUUGGCUGCCGUAUCAUCACUGAUCGUGAGACUGGCCGUGGCAAGGGUUUCGGAUACGUUGAAUUCGCUACCUCUGCUGAUGCAGCCAAGGCACAGGCUGAGAUGCACCAGUACGAGCUUGACGGUCGUCCACUAAAUGUCGACUUUAGCACUCCCCGCCAGAAGCCUGACGCAGGCAAGACCAACGACCGCGCCAACAAGUACGGUGACAAGCGCAGCGCACCAAGCAACACCCUCUUCCUCGGUAACUUGUCCUUCGACUGCACAAACGAUAGCAUCCAGGAGAUCUUUGCCGAGUAUGGUAACAUCACUCGUGUCUCUCUGCCUACCGACCGUGACACUGGCUCCAUCAAGGGCUUUGGGUACGUCGACUUCGGCUCUCAGGAGGAAGCUACCGCUGCUCUUGAUGCUCUGAACGGUCAGGACAUUGCUGGCCGCAACAUCCGCAUCGACUAUGCUGCUCCUCGUGAGGACAAUGGCACUGGCGGUGGCCGUGGUGGUUUCGGAGGCGGUCGUGGCGGUGGUCGUGGUGGUGGCCGCGGUGGCUUUGGUGACCGUGGUGGUCGCGGAGGUGGUCGCGGAGGUGGCCGUGGUGGCUUUGGAGGACGUGGUGGCGGUCGUGGUGGCCGCGGUGGAAGCUUCAACCGUGGUGGCUUCGGCGACUUCCAGGGACAGAAGAAGUCGUUUGACUAG